AUGAACACCUGCGGUCGCCAAGUCAACGUCAUGCUGCCCUGUUCACCUGGAGACUCUCAGGUCCCGUGGCAGGGAAACGGGAUGCCCGUGCCGCCCAACGGUCUCCCUGUACUGGACCAUUGCGAAACCCCGCAGUAUCAGAAUGUGCCUCGACGCGACUUCCAACCUCAGCAGGACUCGUACCAAAACACGCAGCAACAGGGCAUUAACCGGAGCUCCUGGUUUCAGCAAGGCCAUUACCCAAGUCCUCAAGUACAGCAAGCCGCUCACCAAACCUAUUUUCCCCAACAAGCACUUCACCAGAAUCAACUCCCACAACGGCCUGCCUAUGGAAGCUCCCAGUUCGCGAACUUUCGGAACGGUAUAAUGGCGGCUCCGUACCAGACAGACGCAACCCAGAUCUAUGGACUUGGCAGCGGUACUAGUACCGGUUCGCAAUGUGUCUCGUCACUGACUGAGUAUGCCCAACAAGCCAAUACACCAAGCCCUGCUUCAGAAUACGAUCUCGCGAGUUUUUACGGAGAUACCAUCGACGGCAGCAAAGCUGGAUCUGAACUUGCUGCCGGCAUGAUUCCUCCGCCGUAUAUGCCUCUGACUCGCCAACUGUUAUCACCUGCGUUGGCGACAUACCAGGCACAAGGUCAGGUUAUAUCACCGCAAGGUUAUGAUCUAGUUCAGCUCCCGAAAGGGCAUCACUCACAGCCCGUCAACAACAUAUACGCCCGCACACACCAACCAGGCCAGCCGAGUCGUCAAGCUUCCGACUUACCCAGCGAUGGGCAACACGACGGUGUGGGGUUCGAGCAAGAUUACCUAAAAAGACAAUCUGAAGCAUUGUCGCAAAGAUCCAGUCCGACUCCAGGGCCAUCGAGUCGCUAUGUACCAGUCCACGGCUCCCGCGCAACCUCAACGACUGCGACUCCGCAGCAUCUCUGUCCCAGUGAGCGUACUCCGGUCCCGCGCGGUCUCAUUCGGCGCCAUUACUCCACUUCCCAAAGGGGCAGAAAAUGCUUAACGCGGGGGAAAAGCGCUGGAUACACCGAUUACAAAUUCGAGCUGGACGUGGCAGCAAUCCCGAAGACCAGCGACGAAGAAGGUAAACAGCCCGCUCGGGUUAACCCUUCGCCUCCUGCCGUGCGCUGCCCUUCGCCCCCGGCUGAGUCUGCCGAAGACGCCAUCCUCAACCACAUCCUACCCGAAAUAGAAAGGAUGGAUCACGAAGAAGCCAUGAAAGCUAAACAACGCGAGGAAGCUGCCGCCUGGUACGGCGACAAUUCGGCCUUCCCCGCCUUCAGCACCGGCAACCUCGUGCUGCCUGGGUGCGAGUACCGCGCCGCCACCGUCCACGUCGGCAGGCCGAUUCCCGAGAUCUCCUCCAACGUGUCGAUCGGUGUAUAUGCGAUCAUCCCGCCAGGGACCAACCGCAUCGAGUACAGGGGCAUCAGGGAUGGGGAGGACGUGGCGGACAUCAUGCGGGAUGGGCAACCGAUGAACUUCGAUCAGAUCCGGCUUAAUCCGCGCAUGUUCAAGGGCAUGGGCCAGAAGCAGCUAGAGUUCUGGAUUGAGCAGCUGUUGUCGAUGGUGCCUGGGCAGAAUGACUGCAUCGUGAAGUGGGCGAAGCGUAAGCAUGAUGACGAUGAAGGAGCUGAUGGAAGCUGA